UUUUCAGCAGUUUGCGUGGAUCGUUCGUGCGUGCGAGUCCUGUGCUUUGCGUCGUUACAACAGCUCGCGAUCUAAUAGUCUUCAACCUUUAAUGACACUCGCGUGAUAUUGUUUCUAUGAUAUAAGUUAACCAGACAUUUUCAUAGAAAAAUGUGAUCAUUGAACUUUGGAUUUCGUGGCGAUAAGGCCUGACAUUGUAUGAAAUAACAGGCAGCGUGGUCCCAGCGACCAGAUGAGCAGUUUCAAUUGUUGCGGAAGAAUUUCAAGGCCACGAAAAUUGCUCCACACGGAAGUCCGGUGCGAGCGUACAUCGCCUACCACAAGCUGGGUCCAGCCAUGGAGACCCAGACAGCCACACCGCAGGGCGACUGUGAGUGCGGCGUACACCCAUCAGCGUUCUAUCUACUCGCUACAUUGUUACUCACUAGCUGUUCCACGGCCAUGCUGUGCGCGGCCAUCAUGACGCAGCACUGGGAGCACGUGUCGUGGGAACGCGCAGCCCUUGCCGCACUCGCCAACGCCUCCAACACCGCUAUACAAUGGUUGUUGGACGAGAAAGUCGUUAAGAUCGAAGACUCGAAUCAGCGUAAAGGAGGCGGAACGUUCUUAGUUCCAAUGAACGGUGGCAUUUGGACUAUGUGCGUGUCUUUAGAAGAGGAGGAAGUGUCAAUAUUAUACCGAGCCGGGUUCCCUAAACAGCCGCUAUGCACAAAUUACUUGGCGGAUGGUGAUGACGAGGAACAGAGGGGCGAUUGGCAACAUCGUAUGCAAAAUCUGUCAAUAUCGUGCGCCCUCGUGUGUCUCAUAGUGUUGGUGAGCGCAGCCCUCGUCGGAGCCUUUGGAGUAUGUAAACAUCAGAUUAGUGCUGUACUCGUGACGGGAGUGAUGUAUCUACUAGCUGGUCUGUUCGCGAUGUUCACUCUGAUGAUAAUCCACUUGAAGAGGGCGCGAGUUUCUCUGAGGCCUCUGGACGGGGACGGGGUGAUUGGUCCACGACACCCCGCUCUCCCCUUACUGACUGCGAGGGAGUUCAAUACUUCCUGGUCACUAGAACUGGGUUGGGGUGGCGUAGUCCUAGCGACGACCGCUUCCUUACUCUGGAUUCUGCUGUCGAAAAUCAUGAGAUACAAUCCUAUAUUGGGCAUGUUGUAAACGGGUCUUGGAUUUAUAAUAUAUUUGGCAGGGCCGUGAAUAAUAUACAACUCUUUUUUUAUGUAGGCAUUUUUUUUAUCGUUAGUAUUGAUUCCAAAAGCUUUAAUAUAGCAUGUGUUUUGCUCAUAGAAUUCAAAAUAAAUCUUAAUACUAUACGCAACCUAUUUUCAGUCCGAGAUAAAGUCACAGUACUUAUAGUUAAUAACAAAGAAAGGAAACGCAACUAAACAAGCAAUUAUUUUGAACAAAAGUCAAAUAUAUUGUAAUAGUUACGUCAAUCUGACAGAUUCAAUUGCUAAUUGUUCAUGCUAUUUAAUAUGUCAAAAUUAGCGAUCGGUAGGCACUUAUUUAUUUAAUUACAUAGAAUAUGUUAAAUAUAAAUCUCAUUAAAUUAGUCAUUAUAAUAUGACUAAUAUUAAUAUAUAAGUAAAUAAAGAAAAUGUAAAUUAUUAUUUAAAUAUCUUAUAUUAUUUAUUUAAUUUAAUUAAUGUGAUGUCAGAACUGUGAAGGCUAGCAUUAUAAUUAUAAUUCUGUCAUGAACUUUUUUUACAUCUCCACAUUAAAACUUGUAUAUUAUUAGGCUCUGCUAAAAUAAUAAUAAUAUAUAUAUAUAUACCAGAAGGCAUAAUCACAUCACUCAAGCGAACUUUUCAAUCCAAACCCAUGUGAAUGAGAGUCAAUUACUUUUAUCCCAGUAGAAUAUGUAACUUAAUUUAUAUAAUUAUAAAAAUGGCUUGUUUAAUAGCUUUUCAGUCCUUGCAAAUGAAAUGUUAAAGGAUAUAAUAAAAAAUAUUUUUCACGCUAUAGUACUAAGGCUUUCUAUAAAAUUCAUGACAGGAAGCUGAGGCGAUUGCUAAGCUUGUGCCGUCCAAAGCAAUAUUAAAUUUUAUAAAACCUAAAAAUAUUUUGAUUCGGCUAAAAAUGUUUGAAUUGUUUCUACGGCAAAAAAUCUCUUUGAUAUUUGACAUUUCUAAAGAUUCCCCACUUUUUCAACUUUGAUAAAUUUUCCCCGCUUAAAUCUGUUGCUUCUGCAAUAAUUUUUCCAACUAAUGCCUUUUAAAUUAUAUACCAUUUAUAUUCUUAUGCACUUUUGCAUUAAUUUUGAGCUUACAAAAAUUUUUCUAUAAUCAUUUUAUUGAAAAAAAAUAUGCAACUCUAUUUUAUAUAUAUUUUGCCAUUACACUAAAUGUUAAAUAAUUUGGGAUUUUAUAUUUAAGAUCGCAAGGCCUACUUAACUUAACUUCCACAGAUACAACUUGUCUGUCGCCAAUGUCUUUGAUGGUCGAGACCGUUGGAAAUGUGUAUUGUACCUUGAAGGUAAAAAAAAAUAUGUUGUAAAAAGUUUGGAAAGUUGGUGCUGUCAGUUUAUAUUUUAGAUUUAAUUCGUUAUUAUAAUAGUCUGUUAUGAGUAGCAAAUAAUAGCAAUAUAAUAAUUUAAUAUAGACGUAACACGCAUUAGAUAAUUAAUUAAUAAAAAAUCUAUUAAAAAAAAUAUAAAAUCGACCGUAGUUGUGAAUUUUGUGAUUAAAAUUAACAGGUUUCUUUAUUGCGUUGUAAAAUUUUCAUAUCUUAGCCACAAAUUAAAAUAUUACAUUGUCUGUGGUUACGAAAUUCUAGGCGUGUUUAUCAUGAAGAAAAUCGAAUUGGUAACUGACAUAAAAAUACGGAAGCUCAAAAAGUAAUUUUACUCUUAUUGUAUGCCAUUGUAUCUUUUGUGAUUAUUACUUUUCUUAAAACAUUAUACAUCGAAUAUUUGUUGAUAACAUAGACAAUUGUAAAUGACGUCAUUCUGGCCAUUAAAUGUACAAUUUCUUUUAUUGUUAAGUAAGAUUAAGAAAUAUUUAUUGUUGAAUUGCUAGAUAAUUAAUUUUUAAUAUUAUUGAUUAUGGAACUAUAGAUUUACUAUUUAUAUCAUACUGUAUAUUUUUUAUAUUGCAUUACAAAAUAUGUAUAAAUAUUUUCCUUUCAGAGCCGCCAUUUUAUAUUUCACAUUUAAAAUUAUAAAGCAUAGCUUUUACUUAUUGUUGUGAUGGUUAUGUUGUUUAUCGUAUGUUUAUAUUGUGUUUUACAUAAAGCAAUAUAAUUUUGUUA